ACUAGCGCCGCCGUUUCCUGCAGCCGCUUGGUUCUCCUGUGUGUUUGGACCGGUCCCCAUGUCCUGCUGUGGGGCCUCUGCAGCCUUUGGAUGAAGUAAAUGAGGCUCAGAAAAGUUAACUAACUUGUCUAAGCUCCCACACCACUCAUCAGUGCCAGAACUGGGAUUUGAACCUAAGAGUCAGACUCCAGAGUUCAUGCUUCAAGCUUGCCAAGCCUGCCUCUUACAGAGAUGAAUUAUGUUGAAAAGGACUGUGAAGACUGCUGAGAGACACUUGCAGUCCAGUCACAUAAGUGUAAUAAAGAAAUAUUGGUCCUCAUGGAAGAAGAGCAAGAUUUACCAGAGCAACCAGUGAAAAAAGCCAAGAUGCAGGAAUCAGGAGAGCAAACUUUAAGUCAAGUAAGCAACUCCGAAGUCAAUGAUCAGAAACCUGAAACUUCAAGCCUUGCUUCAAACCUUACCAUGUCGGAGGAAAUUAUGACAUGCACCGAUUACAUCCCUCGCUCAUCCAAUGAUUAUACCUCACAAAUGUAUUCUGCAAAACCUUACGCACAUAUCCUCUCAGUUCCUGUUUCGGAAACUGCUUACCCUGGGCAGACUCAGUAUCAGCCACUGCAGCAGUCUCAACCCUAUGCUGUCUACCCUCAGGCAACCCAAACAUAUGGACUACCUCCUUUCGGUGCAUUGUGGCCAGGUAUGAAACCUGAAAGUGGUUUAACUCAGACUCCAUCUCCAAGUCAACACAGUGUUCUUACCUGCACUACAGGGUUAACCACAAGCCAGCCAAGCCCAGCACAUUAUUCUUAUCCCAUUCAAGCUUCAAGCACAAAUGCCAGCCUGAUAUCCACUUCAUCUACUAUUGCCAAUAUUCCAGCAGCAGCAGUGUCCAGCAUCUCAAACCAGGACUAUCCCACCUAUACUAUCCUUGGUCAAAGUCAGUACCAGGCUUGCUACCCCAGCUCCAGCUUUGGAGUCACAGGCCAGACUAACAGUGAUGCUGAGAGUACCACUUUAGCAGCAGCCACAUACCAGACGGAGAAGCCUAGUGUCAUGGUACCUGCUCCUGCAGCACAGAGACUUUCCUCUGGAGACCCUUCUACAAGCCCAUCUUUGACCCAGACUACACCAAGUAAAGAUGCUGAUGACCAAUCCAGGAAAAACAUGACUGGCAAGAACCGGGGCAAGAGGAAAGCUGAUGCCAGCUCUUCCCAGGACAGUGAAUUAGAACGGGUAUUUCUGUGGGACUUAGAUGAAACCAUCAUCAUCUUCCACUCCCUUCUUACUGGAUCCUAUGCCCAGAAGUAUGGAAAGGACCCAACAGUAGUGAUUGGCUCAGGUUUAACAAUGGAAGAAAUGAUUUUUGAAGUGGCUGACACACAUCUAUUUUUCAAUGACCUAGAGGAGUGUGACCAGGUGCAUGUGGAAGAUGUGGCUUCUGAUGACAAUGGCCAAGACUUGAGCAACUACAGUUUCUCAACAGAUGGUUUCAGUGGCUCAGGAGGUAGUGGCAGCCAUGGUUCCUCUGUGGGCGUCCAGGGAGGUGUGGACUGGAUGAGGAAACUGGCUUUCCGUUACCGAAAAGUGAGAGAAAUCUAUGAUAAGCAUAAAAGCAAUGUGGCUGGGCUCCUCAGUCCCCAGAGAAAGGAAGCACUGCAGAGACUAAGAGCAGAAAUAGAAGUUUUAACAGAUUCCUGGUUAGGAACUGCAUUGAAGUCCUUACUUCUCAUCCAGUCCAGAAAGAAUUGUGUGAAUGUUCUGAUCACUACAACCCAACUGGUUCCAGCUCUGGCCAAGGUUCUCCUAUAUGGGCUAGGAGAAAUAUUUCCUAUUGAAAACAUCUACAGUGCUACCAAAAUUGGUAAAGAGAGCUGCUUCGAGAGAAUUGUGUCAAGGUUUGGAAAGAAAGUCACAUACGUAGUGAUUGGAGAUGGACGGGAUGAAGAAAUCGCAGCCAAACAGCACAACAUGCCCUUCUGGAGGAUCACAAACCACGGAGACCUGGUGUCCCUCCACCAGGCUUUGGAGCUUGAUUUUCUCUAAGAACUGGAAUGAAGAGCCUUCCCCGCGAGCUCCUUUUCACUCCUGAGAGGAGCUAGAGACCGGAACCAACUGGGAACUCUUUCUCCAUGGAAUGCUGGCGAGAACACAAUCAAAACCAACAGCUGCAAGAGAUGAAGCUUAUUUUUGCUAAGAGUGAGCUGCAGCCCCGUGUUCAUCCUCACAUAGGAGCGGAAGACAGUUGGAUUGAGAGAACAAUAGACUCACCGCAGCUACAGUGCUUUUAACUCUUCUGGGUUUUGUUUUGUUUUAUUUUGUGUCAAAAUAAAUGAAGAAAAAGAAAAGGAAAUUCUUGGGGCAGAGUUGCACUCUGCCUCCGUGACCAGAUUGAGAACUGCCGUUAACUUGUGGUGAUAGGAUAAACGCAGCAGACUUUUAUAAUAACAUCUCUUGCAGUCUUUGUAAUCUCCUUAGCUGUAGAACAUAUUCCCAGUGAAUGUAUAUGUUAUUUUUAUAGGUAAGGGUCUGGUCUCUGAAGCAGGUUCCCGCCCUCUUUCUAGCAAGAAAGGGGUCUGUAAAGUUUCCUUGGAAACUCGUAACUGAACUAUCUGAGAUACCUCUCUGUGACGGUAGCACCUCCUCAGCUGCCCAGCGCCCUGCUCUCUCGGGCGGUUUCCUUCCGGCUCCUCCAUCUCCUGGCUGGCUGCACUGUGGGGCAUGGACACUGAUUCACUGUAGACUUUGCUGGUUCCCAUCCUAGAAGCCUUAGUCCCCUUUCCAGUCCCUCUCCCCUUUCACCAAAUGGCACAACCCUAGAAACUCCUUCUCUUAGACAGUAAAUUGUAAGCCUUCAGCUUGACUCUUAGUCAAAGGAUAUGUCCCAAGGGGCUUACCUCCAAACUGGAAGGAAGAACUAAGGCUUCUUAGGAAUUUCCACUUCUUUGGCUCUUGAAACAAGAAGAUUCCACCUUUUCCUCCUGCAGAGAAGCACCCUUCCCCAACACAUGUUCACCUCUACAGCGCCCUCGCCCUUCUUAGUCAUCAGUGCUGGGCUCUUGGCCCUUUCCUGCCCUCUGUACCUCAUGUCCACCCCCAUGCAGCUCUGGCCAGUCCCCAGGCUUUGGACCCAAGUAGUCAAGUCUGAGAAAAGGUUCAUAAUCACAUUUUGGCCAAAACUACGAAGGGAUUUGACUUUCUUUGAAUCCUUUAAGCCCUGUUGAAAGGUGUUCUGGACAUGUAUUUACCCAGAUCUCAGCCUGAAACUGAAGAACAGAUUGCCAUGAUCACAACCCAGUUUUCCCAUGGAAUAUACCCUUCCCACUUCUCAAAUCCCCUUCUAAAAUGGGAAACCAGAAGGCCAGAAACACUUUCCUGAUUUAAAUGAGGUUGUAGACCCCCUACUCCAUGCCUGAAAACUCAAUCUUGGGCCCAAUGCAGGAACAUCUCUCAACCUGACUUCUGGGAGGAUCGGUGGGUGCCCAGGCACUGGUCGCAGCCUUCAGUCCAGCUGUGUUUGUGGAUGCCCCAUCCCUCCAAGACUGGCCUGGGCAUCUGCUCAGGCAGAAUAAACUUCCGUAGAGCUGAGGAAGUUCGGCCUCUUCCAGGUUGCACAGAGAGAGGUGAUUUUAUAAGCACCUCAGAGAGGUGCAGUCUGGGUCCUUAGUAGGAGGCAUCCUUGACCAACCCCAGCUAUAAAUGCUUGUACUCAGAGAUUCUGCAUAUCCAUUUUCAGAGAUGUUGCAGCACAAAGGGGUCAGGUUCCUUCUAAAGCCAGGUCACCCAGAGAAAGGCUGGUAUACACACAUUCCCUCAGAACUGAUUGAGGAAGUGCUUCGUGACUCAGUUUUAGAGAAGAUGUUUUUGGAGAGGAGCUCAAGUCAGUGCUCAUUACUUAGCUGCCUCUUUGGCCUGUUUCCUUUGGACGGGAAAUACAAAGCCUGAGGCGGACCUUCUUGGUCUGAGUUCAGCAUAGUUGCCCAGAUGCUGCUCUGCCUUGCUUGGUAAUUUACCUUAGAAUGCUUUAGGGUGGGUCUGUACUUCCAGGCCCCAAGCCCUCCCCGUACCGGCAGUAGAGCUGUUGGUUUCUUGCCCUGGACAAAGGCCACUCUGUUGGUGCUGUGCUUCAGGCUGCAGAGCGGUACCCACGUCGUGCACACAGGUCCACACACACACACUUCCCUCUCCCUGCCCGCUGGGACAAGCUCUUUAUUCCUAGAAUAUGACUUGGAGUCCCUUUGCGAUGGCCUUUUCCCUCCUGCUCUGACUGCACGGCUUAGGUCUUUGCAAAAGGAACUUGAAAUUGGCUAAGAGAGGUGAGGAAGCUCUCUGAGCAGUGCCGCCUUUGCUCUUUUCUGGUUGUUUAGAGGGUAGACAGAAAAUGGAGCUUCCUGGCUCCUCUUUGCCAAAAUGAAUUGUUCAGGGAGCCCAGUGAUCUUCUUGGAGCCUGUGUUUUCCUCUUCCCCAGCACAGAGGUCUGGAGAGGAAAAGAAGUAGGCAGCACCACGAGUUCUUGGAGGCUGAGGUCGAAAGGAUACUGUGGGUCCUUUCAUCAAGGGGGAAGCCCUCUUUACUAGAAAGAGUGCCCAUGGAAUAAGCCACAUGAUGAGUCCUUUUCCCAGCUGGGCACCGUGGGUUCUGUAAGAUGGGUCUGCACGUUUCGUGGUGAGAGCUAGGCCGUCUCUAGUAGGGAAUCGAGUUGUCAUCUGUGUCCUGGGUUUAAGAGGUGGCUUUACUUUCGAAUGUAAAACUGACUGUGCCUUAGCAUCACCCUGUCCGGUGCCCCUGGGGCAGCUGGUGGUGUCCAGGAGAGUGGAUGCCUGCUCCAGAUUCAGAUGCCUACUUGGGCUUUUAUUUGGUUUGGGGUAUUCCUGUCUUCUGCGAGUUGGGGGAGCAAAGCUAGUGUCCCAGGAGACUUGUGCCACAGCUUGUUCGCAGUUUACAAAAACUUGUUCGCGUUAAAGCUCCAAGCAGAAUCUGGUCGGCAAACUCCAGCUGCAGUAUAUGGAGCUUCUAGACGUUCACUACCUUGAAUGGGUGUCGGUGCCACUGAACCGUGGGGGAGAGGAGCUGAGGGGCGGAGCCACGCUCUCCCUCCUCCUGGGAGAGCGAUGGUCUAAGCCCAGGGCUGGUGGGCUUGGGGCCUUCCCCUCCUCACUCCUGCAGGAAGGGGGCAGUUAGGACCCCUCUUAAGCAGCCUUCUGUUUCUUACCACUAAAUUGGCUUCCUUUUUCAUCCAAAAGUUGGAAUUCCCCAAAUACCCUGUAGAGGCCAAAUCUGAAUUCUGAGAUUUUGAAAUAUCUUAAACCACGAGAGAAAAUCUAGUUCUGUCCCACCUCUGAUCAGCAGGCCCUCUGUCCCUUCCUCUCCUCUGAGUCAGACAGCUCUAGCAAGCAAGGUUACUUAGCUAGUUCCUAAUGCACUGAUGGGAGCCAUCCCAUUAAGGACGACCUCUACUCCAAACAUGACCCUCUGGACUUCAGAUGCCUCAUUUAGCAGGAAAAGGCACUGAUUAGAUAUAUUUAUGUGACUGCGGGCAUUUGUGGCUGUAGAGUCCUUGACCAUAAUGUUAUAUGUAAUGGGAACUAUCUUGUAAACUUGAAAAAAUAAAGUUUUUAUUUUCUAUAUGGUU